AUGCACGCCAACAAACAACCUACUCUAAGCGACAUGACGGAAUUUGAGUUGACGUUUGCGUACAAAAUCGAGGAAAUGCUCAGUCGUAUUGCACACCCGGAGUAUCGCCAACUUCUCGUUGAGUUGCUAUCAAUAAUCGCCACAAUCUUAGAAAGGAAUCCUGAAGUGAUGUUCGGAUCGGGAGCCGUUGACUGCGAU